UUCAGGCAUUCUUUUUUCCAUUUUUUUCGAUGUACAUUCCUGUCUAGUGUUACUCUGCCGUCUGCUUGCAAAGCUAUCACAGCCCGCAUAUUUGUCCUCAACUGUUGCACUUUCUACUCCCAACGCCAUAAAAGGGGCCGUAACUCCGUCAUCUACUCUCCAGACAGGCUUCAUGCGUAUACAACUGAAUAUACCAAUGAAAUGAAAGCAGAAAUACUUAAACCUGCUUCUUUUUGCCGCAUGGCUAAGAGUCGCGUCUCUCCAUUUCUUUGUGGAUUAAUUAUCUUGGCUCAUUUCAUCCUGCACUCUGCGGCUGAUGCUGCUGCACCGCCUCCUAUAUUCGUGCUGGGAGACUCAACAGCUGAUGUCGGAACCAAUACUUACUUGUCGGGGAGUGUGGUGACAGCAGAUGAACCCCCCUAUGGAAUCGACUUUCCACAUCAACGGCCAACAGGAAGGUUUAGCAAUGGCUUCAACAGUGCUGAUUUUCUUGCCAGAUUUUUUGGUCUCAAGAGAAGCCCGGCUCCUUUUCUGUUUCUUCUUACGCUAAAACCUCAUCAGUUCCGGAAACAUCUAUUGCAAGGUGCAAACUUUGCCUCAGCUGGCGCCGGACUUCUUGAUGAAACAGGUCCAAGGCUGAGCGUCAUCCCCUUGUCGCAGCAGAUAACACAAUUCUCCACAGUUAAGGAUAAUCUCACUGCCCUGAUAGGACCAUCAGCAACAAAGGAGCUACUUUGCAAAUCACUCUUCUUCAUCAGUAUGGGAAGCAAUGACAUUCUGGGGUAUUUCAGAACCAAUUCCACCUUGCAGAAAGAUCUGUUCAUAGGGUCUCUGAUCUCAACAUACUCAAACCACAUAACAAAUCUAUACAAGCUUGGGGCCAGGAAAUUCGGUAUCAUAAGUGUACCUCCUAUUGGCUGCUGUCCAUCCCAGAGACUCGUCCAAAAAGCCCUGAAUGGUGUCGAUGGUUGCUUUGAGCCAGAGAACGACUUCGCCCUGGCAUUCUACACGGCACUGGAGGGCCUUCUAAGCAACAUCAGCUCACAGCUUCCUGAUUUCAAGUACUCACUAGGAAAUGGAUACAGAAUGACCAUCGAUGUUAUAAAUAAUCCAGUGUUUGUUGGUUUCGACAAUGUGGAUACAGCAUGCUGUGGAAGUGGAUAUUUGAACGCAGAAGGCUAUUGCAACUUGAAAGCAUCGCUCUGCCAAGAUCGGCGCAGGUACUUAUUCUGGGAUCAGUUCCACCCUACAAAGACUGCUUCAUUCCUAGCAGCUCAAAUACUCUACGGGGGUCCUCAGUAUUAUGUUUCACCAAUAAAUUUCUCUCAGCUGAAGGGCUGAUAGCAUCCAAGAGAAUGCAUCUUUUGAGCACUUACAGAAUAAAACCAAGUGACACAGAGAACUUGAUUUCUCUUCAAUACUAAUUAAUGGGCUACGGCACAACAUUUCUAAAACCAAAUGAAUCUUUCGGUUUAUUGAGUGCUAACAAAAGUAUAUACAUCUAAUCCUGCUUCAUUAAUAUGUAAUAAAAACACUCAGCUAACUUAAAUCAUGGGAUGCAUUCCACAAACUGGUUGGCAAUAUUUCCUUAAAGCUUCAGAAUUAGAUUGCUAGUAAUCAGCUAUCAAUACCAAUGACUAAUCAUGACAUCACAACA